ACAUAUUGGGUGCAUGGAUUGCGCACAUUUUUCUGCAACCCAUAAGAAACGCUUCCGCCCUCCUUCGUCUCGCUUCCUUGAGACUCUCUCAUUGGUUUCUCCCAGUUUCUCUCGCACCCACUUGUUUUUCCCCCCAAAAGAUUCUCAGUCCUCCACGAGCUUUUCGCCAUGGCUUCGUUGAAUCGAUGCGUUUUUCUGAAUAAGACGCCAAUUUCCAGUUCUUGUAGUCCUUUAUCUCUGAAACGGCACUCGGAAUCGUUGAAGCUUUCUUCUGUGAGAUCAGAAAGAAACGACAGGGUUUUGAUGGAGAGCUCAUUGAAGGAUUCGGUUCUUGAGUUGGACCCUGUUUCCGCUGUUAACGAUGGGGUUCUUGGCUUCUACGGCGAGGUCAUGCCCAUGGAGGAUCAGGGGGUCACUCCCUGGACCGUCUCUGUUGCUAGUGGAUAUACUUUACUGCGAAAUCCACAUCACAAUAAGGGUUUAGCCUUCACGGAUAAAGAAAGAGAUACUCACUACUUGCGUGGUCUUUUGCCUCCUACUGUCAUUUCUCAAGAUCUUCAGGUGAAAAAGUUGUUGUACAGGAUACGGCAGUAUCAAGUUCCUCUGCAGAAAUACAUGGCCAUGAUGGAUCUUCAGGAAAGCAAUGAAAAGUUGUUCUAUAAGCUUCUGAUUGAGCAUGUUGAGGAGUUGCUUCCGGUGGUUUAUACUCCAACUGUAGGAGAAGCAUGCCAGAAAUAUGGAAGCAUCUUCAGGCGGCCACAGGGUCUUUAUAUUAGUUUGAGGGAGAAAGGGAAGAUCUUAGAGGUUUUACGAAACUGGCCUGAGAUGGGUAUUCAAGUCAUUGUUGUUACUGAUGGUGAACGGAUCCUUGGAUUGGGUGAUCUUGGCUGCCAGGGCAUGGGGAUUCCAGUUGGAAAGCUUUCCCUCUAUAGUGCUCUUGGCGGUGUUCGUCCUUCUGCAUGCUUGCCUGUGACGAUCGACGUCGGGACGAACAAUGACAAGCUGUUGAAUGAUGAGUUCUACAUUGGGCUCAGGCAAAAGAGGGCUACUGGUCAGGAAUAUGAGGAGCUUGUCCACGAAUUCAUGGCUGCAGUCAAACAGAAUUAUGGAGAGAAAAUUCUCAUUCAGUUUGAAGAUUUCGCUAACCACAAUGCCUUCGAUCUGUUAGAAAAAUAUGGCAAGACUCACCUUGUUUUUAACGAUGAUAUUCAGGGGACAGCAUCCGUGGUCCUUGCAGGGCUUAUUGCAGCUCUGAAGCUAGUUGGUGGAACAUUGGCUGACCAUAAAUUCCUAUUUCUUGGCGCUGGAGAGGCUGGCACAGGGAUUGCAGAACUCAUUGCUUUAGAGAUGUUCAAAAAGAUGAAUACCCCUUUGGAAGAUGCUCGCAAGAAAAUAUGGCUUGUCGAUUCGAAGGGUCUCAUUGUUAGUUCUCGCAAGGAAUCACUCCAACACUUCAAGAAACCUUGGGCACACGAGCACGAACCAAUUCAAGAUCUUGUUGAUGCUGUGAAGGUCUCUUUCUUACCAUCUCCAUUCAAAUUUUUGCACAAACCAAUGAAAGUUCCCAUUUCUUUUCAGGAUAUCAAACCAACAGUGUUGAUUGGGACAUCAGGCGUGGGAAGGACAUUCACUAAAGACGUCGUGGAGGCGAUGGCCGCCAUUAACAAGAAACCAAUUAUUCUUGCUCUUUCAAACCCCACUUCUCAGUCUGAAUGCACUGCUGAAGAGGCGUAUACAUGGACUGAGGGCCGUGCUAUUUUUGCUAGCGGCAGUCCAUUUGACCCUGUUGAAUACAACGGAAAUGUCUUUGUACCUGGACAGGCAAAUAAUGCUUAUAUUUUUCCUGGCUUUGGUCUUGGAUUGAUCAUGUCCGGUACCAUCCGUGUUCGUGAUGACAUGCUCCUAGCAGCCUCGGAAGCUCUUGCUGCACAGGUUACACAAGAGAACUUGGACAAGGGACUCAUAUUCCCUCCAUUUACCAACAUCAGAAAGAUUUCAGCAAAUAUUGCAGCAAAAGUAGCUGCAAAGGCUUAUGAACUUGGUUUGGCCGGUCGCCUUCCUCAACCAAAGGACUUGGUGAAGCAUGCCGAGAGCUGUAUGUACACUCCUUCUUACCCAAACUAUCGGUGAAGCUGCCAAGGUUUCCCCAGUUUUGCCUCCCUUUUUUUGUCGAUCAUUUGUCUGUAAGUUUUGAUGGGAUGAGAAGCAUUAUACAUAUAGUUCUGUAAAAGUUCAUACAUCUUACCCAAUAAAGGCCUUUAAUUCUUUCACUA